CUGGCUCGUCUCGGACCGCGGCGGCGCAGGAGCACGCUCCAGGCCGGGAAGUUUUCUUUCCACGCUCGCUUGUAUCGCUGGAGCUGCCGGCGGCAGCGUGACGGCCUCGUUUCUCCGCCGGGGCCGGGCAGAGACAUGGCUGGGCUGGAGCCGGCUCUGGUGCCGGUGACCUUCGAGGAGGUGGCCGUGUACUUCACCGCGGGGCAGGGGGCGCUGCUGGGCCCGGCACAGAGAGCCCUCUACCGGGACGUCAUGCGGGAGAACUACGAGACGGUGACCGGGCUGGGACUUCCCAUCCCCAAACCGGACCUGAUCGCCCGCCUGGAAGCAGGAGAAGAGCCGUGGGUUCCAGAUCCCCAGACCACCGAAGAAAGAAAUAUCCCAAGAGGCAGCGAGACAGCAGGCAAUGAGACCAAAAAUGAGAAUGUGGAGGGGGUUCUGCAGCAGCAAGGCCUUCAGCCUAUGGAACUGCAGGAGAACUUUUUGAGACGAGCUGGUGGAAAUUCUCCCCGGCGUUUGGAACAGCAAAAAGCCUGGUAUAAUCCGCAGAAGGCAAAGGGGAUGAUGGGAAACCACUCAAGGAAGAAAGCGCAUGAAUCCACUGAAUAUAGGGGAGAAGGCAAAAAUCCCAAGGGAACUGCAGCCCGGCCAACAAACCAUACGACUCAGAAAAUCUAUAAAUGCUUGGAAUGUGGGAAAAACUUCAGUCGGAACUCAAAUCUUGCCACCCAUCAGAGGCUGCACACGGGCGAAAAACCGUAUAAAUGCCGUGAGUGUGGAAUGAGCUUCAGACAUCUCUCCGGCCUUAUUAAUCAUAGGAGAACUCACCCUGGAGGGGGACCGUAUCAGUGCCCGGAGUGUGGGAAAAGUUUCAGGGUACCCUCAGCCCUUCUCAUCCACGAGAGAAGUCACACGGGAGAGAAACCCUACCAGUGCUUGGACUGCGGGAAACGCUUCACGUGGAGCUCCAAUCUUACCACCCAUCAAACACUGCACACGGGAGAGAGAGCGUAUCAAUGCCCGGAGUGUGGGAAAAGCUUCCGCCAGCUCUCGGGUCUCACGAGUCACAGCCGACUCCACACCGGCGAGGGCCGGUAUAAAUGCCUCGAGUGCGGGAAAAGUUUCAACGCGCCGUCCGCCCUUACGACCCAUCGAAGGACCCACACGGGAGAGAAACCCUAUCCGUGCAAGGACUGCGGAAAGAGCUUCACUCAGCGCUCACACCUCAUUAGCCAUGAACGAAUCCACCGGCAAGAGGGGCCGUAUAAAUGCCUGGAGUGUGGGAAAAUUUUCAGUGCCCCCUCCACCCUGGUUAUCCAUCAGAGGACUCACACGGGCGAGAAACCCUAUAAAUGCUUGCACUGCGGGAAAAGCUUCAGCCAGCGCUCCGUCCUUAUUACCCACGAGAGGAUGCACACGGGAGAGGGACCCUAUAAGUGCCCAGAGUGCGGGAAAAGUUUUGGGGCACCGUCAGCUCUUCUUAUCCACCGGAGGACCCACACGGGAGAGAAACCCUACCAAUGCUCGGAGUGUGGGAAGAGCUUCAGUCAGCGCUCAGCUCUUCUUAGCCACGGACGAAUCCACACAGGGGAGAGACCCUAUACAUGCGCGGAGUGUGGGAAAAGCUUCAGUCAACACUCAGUCCUUAUUAGCCACAGGAAAAUGCACACUGGAGAUGGGCUACAUACAUGCUUUGAGUGCGGGAAAAGUUUCAGCGUCCCAUCGGCCCUGAUUGUUCAUCAGAGAACCCACACGGGAGAGAAACCCUAUAAAUGCUUGGAUUGUGGGAAAAGCUUCAGCCAGCGCUCGGUCCUUAUUAAUCAUGGAAGAAUCCAUACGGGAGAGAGGCCCUAUAAAUGUGCGGACUGUGGGAAAAGCUUCAGUCGGCGCUCAAAUCUUAUUACCCAUCAGAGACUGCACACGGGAGAGAGACCCUAUACGUGCGCAGACUGUGGGAAAAGUUUCAGUCGGAGCUCAAACCUUAUUGCCCAUCGGGCGCUGCACACAGGAGACAAACCCUAUAAAUGCCCCGAGUGUGAGAAAAGCUUCAGUCAACGCUCGGGCCUUAUUAACCAUCGGAGAAUCCAUACGGGCGAGAGACCUUAUAAAUGUUUGGACUGUGGGAAAAACUUCAGUAGGCGCUCAACUCUUUAUUCCCACUGCCGAUCACACAGGAGGCAGACCCUGUAAAAACAUCCUGAGAGUGAGAAACCCACGUAGGAGAAAAACCCUGCACGUUCCUCCACCGUGGGAAGAUUUCAGAAAGAGCUUGAACUAGGACUGUCAAUGAAUCUUGCUUUACUCAAGUGAUUAACUCAGAAUGACUCAAUUUAAAAAAUGUCAAGUAUCAGAGGGGUAGCCGUGUUAGUCUGAAUCUGCAGACAUGCAUCUGACGAAGUGGGUCUUUGCCCACGAAAGCUUAUGCUCCUACACUUCAGUUAGUCUAUCAGGUGCCACAGGACUCCUCGCCGAAUUUAAAAAAUGAAUCACGAUUAUUAGAGUUUUGAUCCCACUGUUAAGCAAUAAUAGAAUACCAAUUUACAUUUAUUCUAAACAUGUUAGGUGUUUUUCUGUGUUUUCAAAUAUAUCGAUUACAACACAGCACACAAAGUAUAUUCUCUUUAUAGUAUUUUAUGAGACAUAUUUGCAUUGUAAAAAAAGGUAUUUUUAAUUCACUUAAUACAAGUAGUGUAAUGCAAACUCUUAUGGUGUAACACAGAAUUGUUUGUGGGAGGUUACUGUUACGUAGCUAAACAAUAAAACAAUGUAGAAAUGUCAAGCUUACAAAAUCAUUACAUCCUACUUCUUGUUCAGCCAAUCCCUAAGGGAAUUGCAGAUUUUUCUUCCUCAGAAUUACAACAUUUAGCCUUGAUCUAACGCCCUUGGCUACGUCUACACUGGCAGCUUCUUGUGCAAGAACUUUUUUGUGGAAGAGUUCUUGUGCAAAAACUC